CUUCUCCGUCUCUCGAAGCGUACAGACUCGAGGAGCUCACGACGUGGUGGUGUGAUACUGUACGUGAUUGGCGGGCGGGUGGGUUUGGUUUGUGUGUCUGGGAACCUGCUACUGGUCUCCCAUCCAUACACGCUCACACACAGAGAGAAAGAGAGAGCCACGGUCAGACAGACUGGCUCUCCAACAACGACAGCGGGGGAAAAAAACUCUCCUCGCGGCUCAGAAACCAGCAACUACUGCAGAAGUGAAGUCGACGUGAUGUUAACCUCGAAAUGCUCCCGUUUAUUUUGAGAAGAAGGCUAACAAUAGGGAAGAAGCUGCUUAAAAGUAGGUGAAGUGUGACAGCUGGAGACAUUUAACCCAAGGAUUUGUUGACUGCACGUGGAAACGGCUCGCUCAGACGCAUCGUGAAGCCUGAACUGCUCCACUUUAACUGGUGACCAGCUGUUUACGUCUGCCUAAAUCAGAGAUGAGUGCCAAAUCUGUAAUCAACAAGGAGGUGUUCAUACCUCACGAUGAGAAGAUGCUUGCUGCUGUACAGGUCAAGCGGAGGACAAAGAAAAAGAUCCCCUUCCUGGCCACCGGUGGUCAAGGAGAUUACAUGACGUUCAUCUGUGUCUCAGUGACGAAUAAGAAACCAUCCCAUGUUUCAAUCACAAAGGUGAAGCAGUUCCAAGGAUCAUCUGCCUUUGUAAAAAGGUCACAGUGGACAAUUGACCAGCUACGGCAGGUCAACGGCAUUGACCCCAACAAAGACUGUCCGGAGUUUGACCUGAUGUUCGAUAAUGCUUUCGAUCAGUGGGUUGCUGGUUCAUCAGGGGAGAAGUGCACCUUUAUCCAGAUUCUCCACCACACCUGCCAGCGUUACAGCUCAGCGCGGAAGCCAGAGUUUGUCAACUGUCAGUCCAAACUGCUAGGGGAAGGCCAAGAUCUAGGUUCAGUCAUUUUCCGUUGCAAGGUCUUUUUGAACAGAAGGAGGAAAGAAUUUGUUUCACAUCAAGGUCAUCUGCUAAGACGAGGUAAGCGCUAAAUUAAAAGCCCCCUUCCCCUUAUAGUUGAAUAACUUAAUAAUAACUCCACCCAAUUCUAGAUAUGACCUAGACCUCAGAAAAGUUAUAUCUAUGAAUCAGUGAUGAGUUCCACUUAUCACCAGACUUGAGGAACGACAGUAUUUUGUCUUUCUCCCAUCACCUGUAACCGGUCAUGGCUGAUGGCUGCUCAGGAAGGAGCAGGAGGUUUCAUGAAGGUUUCUUCAUGUAAAAAAGGGAGUUUUUCCUUCCCACCGUUGCCAAGUGAUCGCUCAAAGGGGGUCGUUACCAUAUAAAGGCUCCUGUUGGUCUCCUUGGUCCCAUGUCUACACAGUAGGAGUGCAUUUUCAUGUUGUUGCUAAUAACUGAACAGAUGGGUACAAAUUGAAGUAAUUUAUCUUAGGUGUACACUUUGAUUAAGUAUUGAUAAAUGUGAUUAAAAAAACAUUUUCCUGCUCAUAAAACUGCAACGUUUUUCAUAAAAAAAAUUUUUUUUUAAACUAACCCAAAAAACCACACCCAGUCAGGAAAGAGAUGUGUUGAUUUGCAAAAACUAUUCCCUCCUAGGGGAGGGUUAUUGGAAAUCGGGCCAAACCCCGCCAGCAAAUUGCUUCUUAAAGCACAGCAGUGCCACUAAAUUCACUCAAGAGUCAAGGAUUCAUUUUUUUUCAGUAAUUUAUCGUCCCUCUGCUGUAGUUACACUUUGAAAUCUGACUACAAUAAAUUGUUCAUUCAGACAGGAAUUAACUCACUUAAAGCUGUACAGAGAGCCAUGCUUUAUACGUUUUAAGUGAGUACAAGGACAUUUCUUUCAGUGGCAUGUGUCCCUGUAUGAGAUGUGCAUUACUGGAAGGGAUUUUGAGUUUAUAUCCAAAGGUUAUAUGAGUUAUGUUCACUGUCCUUGGCCCCUCUGACAAACUGUGUACAUGGUCACUAAUGAAAACUGUGCAGAGGUGCAGUAUGUGUAUUAAAAAAAAAAUCAUUACAACAUGUUGGCUUUUUUGAUUUGUUUGAAAUUGUUUUUCUUUGAAACAGGGCUCACUGAUGAGGUGAUAUACUUGAACAGCAUAUAGAAAACAUGAGCUUUUUUGGAAGUUGAACAAAAUAUUAACAUUUUUUUAUGAAAAAAGAAAGCACACCCCCUGACCUCAGCCCCUUUACCAGAAAACACAUUGCAGGUGUAAUUGCCUGCAAGGUGUUUUCUGGUAAAGGGGUUAUUGAUGAAACUUUGAUAGUGCUGAUAAUGAAAUGUUUGAAGCGUUGCUUGUAUACACUGCCCACAACAUUGCAGUCUGAGCAUUUGUGUAAGCCAUUCCAUAACACAUCACAUCUUUUUGGUCAUUCACAUCAAAUUGAAAGGUCCACUUCCACAUUAAUUUAAAGUUUGGGAAACCUUUGGCACAUAUUCAUAGUUUUAAUGAAGUAUUGAUAACUCAGUGCUAUAAUUUGAUGCAGUGAAGUAAUCCCAAACCCUGCUACUUCAAUUGGUAUGAGGUUCUCCUGAAAAGCUGUCUUUAGUUUACUCCAAGCUGUGGCCAGUAUAUUUAAAUAAAAGGUCCUUGGCUGUACCAGUAUGUCCAAUGUCAAACUAAUUUUAUUCAGACUUUCUUUUUAGACUACAAAGACUUUUCCCUUGCAAAUCUCAUAAUGAAAUUUGGGAGUUCUUUAGAGACAAGUAGUCUGUUUUUCGGCAUACACAGCCCCUUUUUGCCUUAGAGAUUCCUUUAGAUCACAGUAUGAUGACACCAGUCACGUUGGUAGCAAAGAUAACAGCACACUCUGGAUGUCAAAUGUUGAAAUAAGACAGGUUCCCUAGGUUGGUCCCUAUGGAGAUGCUAAUCUUCUGCACCUAAUCUUGUAACCCUCACUCUAAUAUGGAUGGAAGGAUUUGGUUGUGAUAAAUGGGCAGGGGUUGCUUCAAUUUUUCUGUUCAAAAAGAAAAAAUCAUUUAAAUUAUAAAAAUGUAAAAUCUCAGAUUUAUGAGCGUUUUGUUGGAGAAUGUCAGAAAAGCCAACAGUUUUCAUAUGAUGCAUUUCUGUUUUUUCAAGAGUGUAAAUAACAAUCUGGUGUUCAAGGGUAGUACAAUGACAAAGUGCUUCUUCCUUAAUUGUUUCCUCAGUAUAGUCUCCACUCCUGUGAAGCAUAUUACAAAUUAACAUUUAAGCUUAGUAAAGACUGUAAUCAUGGAAAUUAUGGCUGGUAAUGCAUUGUGUGAUGCUAACAUUAAUCUGCUGAUUAAUGCCGCUGCGAGUAGGCAGUUCAUGAAUACCUAGUAGCUAUUUUUCUGUCAGUGCUGGCGCAGCUCUGUGGUACAUUUAGGAUUUAGUACUUUGCUGAAGACUUUUUAAACAGCUUAACGGUGACUAACCUAAAGGCCAACUGUUCAAAAAAAAGGUCAGCCCUUUGCCUUCAUGAAAAUAAGUUGUGAGUAGAGUCCUAUUUUUUUCUGACUGGUUAAACAAGGAAUUGAAAGCAUCAUUCAGGGUUCACAUCCCAGAAGUAAUGUGCACAUCUGUAGCAUGCAUAAAUACCAGUAAUAAGAUCAUUUUUCUUAAACUCAUGGAGUUGAUCACAAAAUUAAGAGAACAUAAUUGAGUUUACGUAGGUUGAAAUAAAUAUUGUGUGACUCUAAACAACUUAAGGUUCUGAAUGCUGGAGAAUAAAAAAAAAAAAAAAGCAGAAAAUUUUGGAACUUGAAAUAAAGUGAUGUUAUUUGAUGUGCAGGGUAUCCAGUAUGUAUUUUAUUGUAAGUAAGUGCUGCCUGAGGUGGGUGGGAAGUCGGGUACAGAUACUUAAAGGAGCUGGAGGGAGUGAGUAUGCUUGAUUAAAUGGAGAUUUGGGGGUGAAAAUCUAAUAGAAGAAAGUAAUUUGACUAUGGGGAAAAGGUGCAGGACGAAUGUGUGGAAAAGUGAUUGGAUUAAAAAAGAAACUGGAUAACUGACUAUAGAGAAAUAAUAAGUGUACAUCUGGAGCCAAGGGGAUGUGCCCUUCCUGUUUGAACCUCAGCUAUAUUUUCAUUAUGCUGCGGUGGGUAAUGUCAAGAUUUGCAUUAAUUAAACUGCAGCAGGGGGGGUUUAUCUUGGAGUAGGAGCAGCAUAGCUGUGCCUUUAGGCUCCUAGGAAGUCUGUUAGCUGUUUUAUGAUUUUCAUCCAUCAUUUUGUACAUCAUUCUUUUGUGUCUAAAUCAUUUGGAAUGAGGGCUUUGCCUGCCAUGCUCAUUUUCUACACAAGAAAUGUAACCUUUGGGGAAUACACUGACACGUAUUAAGACAUUGUUUGACUGAUCCACAUAUAGAAGAAUGUAAAGUAUUUAAUGUUUGGAGCAUUUUUCUAUUUCUUGGAAGCUUUACUUACUCUGUUUAAAGCUUCUUUUUGGUGCCUUUGGCCUUUUCAAUCUAUUUAGCUCUGAUUUAUUUCUCUCCACUGGUACAAACACACACACACACACACAGACAUCCAUAAAACUCUUUUUAAUCCCAAAAAAUAAAUUGAAAAGUGUCCUUUUAUCACAAAAACAUUAAAAUUGUUAAUACAUUCAGUUUAACAUAAAACGUUAUCAGAAAAUUGCAGUUACAAUACAAAAAUGCAUUUUAUACUCAUUUAGCAUCCUUUACUCACAUCCUUGUUUACCUUGUUUUACCUUUUUGUUUUAAUUUUUAAAAACAGGAAUAAAGGAUAAUAUUGGUAUCGGAGUUAUAGUUUUGUAUUAUCUAAAUGGUUGUAUUUUGUAUUUUCUUCUGGUUGUUGUUGGUUUUUUUCAGUUUAAUUUCAGGUACUUUCUAGAAUGGGUUUGCUCAUUUCAGUUUGAAGAUGUUUCACCUUAGUUUAGUUUCAGUGCUACUUUUGAAUGUUUUGUGGUAUUUUUAGAUUUGGGCAGAUAGAAUGAAUGCUGUAUUACAAUACAAAUGUAAUACAUUUUGAAGAUUCAGUCAUGCAACAUCUCUAGUUCCAAGGAUCUUCUUCAAGCAGGUGUGAUACAGAAAUGACCAAAUUAGUAAAACUGAAGGUAUUUGCUGUUUCUGUUCUUAUUUUAAUGUUGUGAGUACACAAUAUUGUUUACGUUUUUUUAAAUCUGCUUUUUACUUUUCUUUGGAUUAGUGAAAAAAAACCAAAUUCACAUAUUACUUUGUUUUGGUAAUUGUGAUUAACGUAAUAGAAAAAUGCAAAGAAGCUCUAUAUAAGAUGAAAAUGGGUUAUUCUGUACUUCAGAGUCAAAAUGCUGGUGAUGUAGGUGAAACUAAGCAUUAAGCAUUGGCUGCACUUACCAACAUCCUUGACAGUACAUUUUAUAUUUGCAUGAAUAACGCCAGCCUCAUUCAUAAUAUCUCAUUGGAGCUGUUAUGCGCACGCUAAUGCGUAACAAAUGAUUGCAAAACAUUCUCUCCCCUAAAUCACCCGCACACACAUUAUCCCCUACAGCUUUAUUCUAACAGACUGACCGCCAGAAAUAUUAAAAGCACUCCAGCAUGGAUCUUUUGUGUCCAAUCUUAUCAAUCCCAUGUACUGUAAUAGUAAAUGUGACUUGGCUGUCAGCAUCUUGUGAAGUGUAUCUGACAUGCUCUUGUUGAUAACUAUCAGGUUAUUUUCUUUGCCUCACAGCAGCGCAGGCUGUAAUCUGCUGCUUACAGACAAAGUGGAAAAGGAAGGGUUGACUUUGAAUUAUCCCACCACCCCACACCCCACUUCCUUGUUAUGUUUGCCUUUGCUUGUAGUUUUUAUUUUUCUAGAAUAUUUUGCCAGCAAACAGCUUGCCUUUUUUUAGCCUCCAUUGUUUGAGAAACCCUGGCUGAUCAUGUUGAUUUCUGUGAGUAAAAUAACAAAAUGCCUUCGACAUUGUCGAGACAGGCGCAUCAUGGGUUUAGCAGAUUCAGCACCGUGACAGAUUGACAAAUCUUUACAAAAAGCUCCUCUUUAAGAUUUACUAGUCCGACAUCAGUGUCAUAAUAGGAGAUACUUUAAACUUCAGCUUCAUUAAAAUUCAUCUUGAAUUAAAACCCAUAUUCCUCCCAAGUUAUCUUUUGUGAUAACAGUGGCUGAUCAGCUUCCACUUCGAGUGCAGACACUAGGCUCAGAGCAGCACAACGAUGGCACCACAUAACAUAAUCUACUCCUACACAUUUCAUUUGGCUUCUGAUACUGCACCUCCUAUCAUAAACCCUCCAGAAUGUCUCCACCCUGUCUUUUAUCUGAGUACUUUCUACAGGAAAAAAAGGGACGGGAUAUUGGUGGGGAGACAAAUAAAUAGAUAUGUUUAUUGAGUCUGCAUGGGGUUGGGUGGUUGUGAGUGUUGGGGUUAUAUUGAGGAUGAAGGGAGUAUUAGUCCCAGGGCUUCCCUGGAAGAGGAAAGGAUUAAGAAGAAUCUGUCUGAAGGUGAAAAGGUCUCAUCCUUUCUAGUGAAGAGAAUAUAUUUCCUAGGAGAAAGUAUAUUUUCAGCAAAGUUUUUUUUUUUUUAACUUAAAAAAAAGAAGGAAAUCAAAUGGGGAGUGCAUGAUAAUGACAAAGUGUAGAAAUGCACUCUGGCAGUGGACAGAAUUUAAAAUGUAGACAUUAUACUAAAUGGAAAAGGAAGAGGUAUGCGGCUCUUUUCUUCAGAGGUCCAGAUGUGUUUGCCACAUUGACUGUGCUUCAUUUACUGUAAUUUAAAGAAAAUUGAAGGGAAAAUUUGUGUAUGUUUCCAUUUCAUUUAGCGUGAACAGGAAUGGGUGUAAACAUCUAUACUCGCAUCCAUCUGUGUGCUGCAGUACCGAUACGUUUCUACAUAAAUUGCUUUGACUGUCAAGUUAACUUCUUUUGAAGGAGCACCAGCUGGCCUCACUGUCUGCUUUUGGGCUGUCAUAUAAUCACUGAACUAAGUGACUACCUUAGACUGAGACUUAGAGCUUUUUAUUGUCAUUGUGCAGUUUCUUGCACAGCGAAAUUCGGUAGCUGGACCACAAAGGUGCUAAAGUAAGAAAAAGAGAAACCAAUAUACAUCGAAG